AAUUGUUUACAAGUUUGACAGACCGUGUCAAGCGAAUUUAGCAACAAAAUGUGGAAGUUGAUCUUAAUUUUUACAAUAAAAAAUGUUCUAGCGGACGAGAUUUUCAGUAGUACUCAUUCUGUGACAGACCAGUGUAUAAGUUUAUGUAAGGAAAAUCAACUGCCUUUAUUAGAUUUGGAAAACUACGAACAAAUUGUUUGCCAACGAGGUUGUCGAUUUUUCAACAUUAUUCAUUUCAAAGAUGAGUUAAAUUUGAACACUACACGAAAGGAGUGUCAUUUGUCGUGUAACGAAUCGUACAUUGUUUCUAAAGAAAACGAGAUUUGUUUAAAAGGCUGCGAUUUAAUGGCCAAGAAGCGCCAGAGUGACAUGUCAAUGUUUCUGGUUUUAACCGAGGAGGAUGAUUCACACAACAUUGUUUUGGCAGAACCUGACUUAGAAAUACUUGAAUCAGAUAUUUUAUCAGAUCCAAGCAUCAAAAGCCAGCUAGAAAUUGGUUUUAAUAUUGAUUAUAAAAUUCCAGAGACACACAUAAGAACGAUGCCUAUUGAGUUUAAAGAUGACACUGUAGUCAUCAAAAGUAGUGAAUACUCAGGUGAUUGGUUGGAUUGUGCUUCUAGAAACUCAGGAAUACCUCGUUGGAUUUUACUUACCGCUUUUCUGUCAGCUGUAUUAGUCGCGUUGUGGUUGAGUUUUUCCACGGAGAAGAAAACGUCAGAAGAGGUAGUAGAUGUAGACAUUCCCGACGAGAAACUAAUUUUAGAAAACGAAGAAAAAGAUCCUGAAUUACUGUUAGGUGAAAGCCAAGAGAUUGGGUUCUCCACACCUCCAAAAUAUACCGUCGAAAGCGAGAAAGUCUAAAUUUUUCAAGAGAUUUUUUUUUCUUCAAAGCUACAAGGGGUAGUAUCGUCUUGACGCUGUUUAUUGUAAAUGUAGUGGUUUCAUUUCAUCACUUGUUACUUACAUGUUUUCAAUGUGAUUACCUUCUAGUCAUUGUAGACUUAUUUGUGUCACUCGUUAGAAACAAGCUACUGAAGUUGUUAUUGGCGCACAUGUAUUUAAAGGUACAAGCUUUAUUCCUUUUUUAAAACAUUCAAUUUUUGAACAAUACGAAAUAUUUUCCGUAAAUGUAAUUUUAUAUUGUAAGACUUGGGACUUAAUAAAAGGUUAAUAUUAACAAUCUAAUAA